AUGGGGGCUCCAGGGGGUCCACUGCUGGGUAGCUUUGGCUCCACCACUGCCUCUCUGGACCUCAGUGCCUGGAUGACCUGGCCCAGCAACACUACCGUUAGCCUGAACCAGAGUCUGUUACUAUCAGACCCCCAUGCCAACUCUUCUUCCACCACGUCUUCCACUCAUAGUGUCGCCAAAGAAGUGAUCAAAGAAAAGAACUGGCCAGCUCUGCUCAUACUGGUAAUCAUUGUGCUGACAGUAGGAGGGAAUAUUCUGGUUAUUCUGGCUGUGUCACUGGAAAAGAAGCUGCAAAACGCUACAAAUUUUUUCCUGCGCUCUUUGGCUGUGGCAGACAUGUUGGUGGGCAUACUGGUAAUGCCCAUCUCACUUAUCAAUAUUCUGUAUGACUAUACCUGGCCCCUGCAUCAUACUCUGUGUCCAAUCUGGAUCUACCUUGAUGUGCUGUUCUCCACAGCUUCUAUAAUGCAUUUGUGUGCCAUCUCUCUGGACCGCUACGUGGCCAUCUGCAACCCAAUUCAACAUAGCCGCUUCAACUCACGCACCAAAGCAAUGCUGAAAAUCGCUGCUGUCUGGACCAUAUCUAUAGGUAUUUCCAUGCCAAUCCCUGUGAUUGGCCUUCACGAUGAGAAUAAAGUCUUCGUGAAUGGCAGCUGUGUGCUACAAGAGGAGCGUUUCAUGCUGGUCGGCUCCUUCGUGGCAUUUUUCAUCCCGCUGGUCAUCAUGGUGGUGACGUAUUGCCUCACAGUGCAGGCCCUUCAGCGCCAGGCCUCCGUCUUCCUCUACGAGGCCAAAGCGUCUUCCCAGCAGCCGUUGCAGCCGUCUGCCCCGUCCUCGUCUCUGCUGGCUCCGCCACCCGCCCCGUUGCGCCGCGGCAGCAUGAUCUGCCUAAAGUUUGGAAACUCGCUGAGCCCCACGACAUCUGACACUAUCUCUAUGGUGGCUGGCUCCGAAGCACCUUCUCAGCUCAGCUCUCCGAUUGGAUCGCACGGGCGCCGAGGCAUGAUGCAGGCAAUCAAGAACGAACGGCGCGCCUCCAAGGUGCUGGGCAUCGUGUUCUUCCUUUUUAUGUUCAUGUGGUGCCCUUUUUUUAUAACCAACGUGUUGUUCGUGCUGUGCCACAAGGCUUGCAACAAGCUGCUGCUCGGCGAGCUGCUCAACGUCUUCGUCUGGGUGGGCUACAUCUCGUCGGGAGUGAACCCUCUCGUGUACACUCUGUUCAAUAAGACCUACAGGAGGGCAUUUUCCAGCUAUAUGCGCUGCCAGUAUAGCAGAGCGCGGCUCAAGCCUGUGCAAAUCAACGUAUCAUGCCCGACGCAAGCCGUAGUCACUCCACUUCUCAUUUGUGAGAACGUCGACAGGAACAGUAACUGCCGGAACGGAGACGGGAACGCCCUACAGAAGCAGGAUUCACCGGAUAUGAGCAUGCACUUGCAGGUAGAGAUGAAAACGGGCACGUCUGCACUUUCCGUCAACAGCUGUUACGCGCUUUCCGAACACACCAGCAGCGUCUGAUUUUUACGGAUGUGCCUUCUGUCGAAGCGAAGUGACCGAGGUUGUGUACGGGUGCGCAUGUACUCUUUGUUGUUUAAUGAAUAGCCACCCUAAUAUGACCUGUAUCAACACGGUGUCGAAUGUAUUGCUGGUGGUGGCACUUCACCCGGAGUAGAUGCAAUGAGGCAAUCGAAAACACUCAGUAGAGUUUGUUAAAUAAAUAUGAAUUAAAAAUUUACACCCACACGAGGUGUGUUUGAACAGGUUCAGAUAUCUGAAUGCCAAAAAAAGUGUUGCAUGGCUUCUCAAUAAAACAGUAAAACAGCUGCAGAAGAGGCAGCAAGGCUUCCAAAAAAAAAGAAUCCCAGCUCCAUCAUGUGGUCAUUUUCAAAUGGUGCAACGUCUUGUGAAAUGACAACUGAGAACAUUCUCAACACCAGAUACAUAAAAGCUUUGAUCCACCUUUCUGCUAAAUACAUAUGUUUGCUUCCAUGUACUGAAUUUAAGAUAUAUAACAGGUU